AUGCCCACAACACCUAACGCAAAGCCUGUUAAUACACGGUCACAGUCUUUGAAAAUGUCUACCAAUGACGACAUUCUCAAAGCCAUUAAUUCACUCUCUACAUCCCAAUUGUCACAGUUUCAAGAACUCCGUACAAGUAUCUCCGGUUUAACCUCCAAAGUGGCAGAUCUUGCCACCGAGAAUGCUGCUUUUCGGACCGAAAUUUCAGAUCUCCGAUCACGAAUUGACCUUCUCGAAUCACGGCCGGUCCAUCCUAGCGAUUUAUCAUCUGUGAUUUUUCGUGAGUCCACUGAACGGUCGAAAAUUGAAUUUAAUUCAAUCGCCUAUGGUGUGCCUGAGUCUAGUGCCAACACCGCUGCACUAAGAUCCGAAGAGGACUUACACACCUUAAGCAAUCUUCUUAAUAGUAUUUCUAUUCCUGUUCCCACUGAACCAAAGCUAAUACGCCUUGGGAAUAGCACUGCGAAAAAACCAAGACCUCUCAAAAUCAUCUGUCAGUCCAAGAAUGAUGCAUCACAACUCAUCUACAAGUUUAACUCCCAGAUUCGAAAUGGAGUAUCACCCACACCUGGUUUUCGCGUAGUACGUGAUAAGACUACACUAGAACGCGAUCUUUUACGUCAAGCGCAUAUUGAUCUGGAGCAGAAAAAGGACGCAGGCUCUACCAAUCUUACAAUCUCGUUUGUCAAUGGAGUUCCUACCGUAGUUAAAGCUGUUCCAAAAAACACGAAUCCCAGAGGAAGCAACCAUCGUCCAAAUACCACCCAGCCUAUUCAUUAG